AUGGAUCAUUCUCACCAGGGUCAUGGCUAUGCAAUGCACCACAGUAAUGAUCAUAUGUUACCUCAAACUUCUUCAAAUAUGAACAUGAUGGUUGGUGGUUAUGGAAUGCAACCACAAACACAACAGCCUUAUUUAACACCGCAGCAGCCAACUCCUCAACUAAUGCAGACCGACGUUUACGACGCUAUGGACGCAGCUGGGCCUUCGAAUCAAGAUGCUGCUAUGGGUUCGACUGCUAGGGAAGAGGAUAAACGCAAGGAGAUCUAUGGCUAUGACGCGCCGUACAACCUGUACGCAACUGCAUGGAGUUGUGCUACAGAUCCUCAGCGGCGGUUUCGAUUAGCUGUCAGUAGCUUCAUUGAGGAAUACAGUAAUAAGGUUUCCAUUGUACAACUAGAUGAAAACGCCGGUGAGCUGGUUCUUAGGAGUACAUUCGAUCAUCCCUAUCCUGCCACGAAACUGAUGUGGAUCCCUGAUUCGAAAGGAACCUAUCCGGACUUGGUUGCUAC